GGGUAAUGAGUUGUGUGUACUAGCUAACCAGGCCCGUGUUGUUGUCGACGUGGGGGGCGGGAGCACCGUGAAUCGGUCCAAGUCGUUCGAGGUCUGUGCCGGUGAUGGGCGAUGUGACACACGCACUCUCCUUCUGACUUGAGCUUUGGAUUUCUUUCUUUGGGUACACCUCGUGGACUCAAAGCGGUCUUUCUAUUAAAUCUUGCAGCUAGCACUAGCUCGGGUAAGGCAUAACGAGAACUACUGUUUUUCCAAAGCUGGUAUUUUGGGGACAGGUCUUUCAAAGGUGACCUUUCCGGCAUAUUCUGUGGGCGACGCCGUCAACCAUCCAAUCUGUUAUUUUUCUGAGGAGGCAACCCGGCUUGUCUCCGUUGACACUUCACCACAGAAACCCGAUAGUCAGGGCAGUUCCUCGCUGGCUAGAUAAUUGCGUCCGUUCUGGUCCCAUUGUUGGAAGUGCGUACUUUCCCUCCAGAUUUCAAGGGGUUAUCUUGUACAAAAGUUACCCAUCACUGGCGUGUAUAAUUUUUGUAUGAAUCAGACUUGACCCAUUCGUUGGUUGUUGAACACACUGUGGAAUUCCUGCACGUGGUGGUACGUAAACAUCCCGAAGGGAACCGUGUUUUGCGGGUUGUGUUUUCACGCAGCGAAUUGACAAGUCCGAUUUCCCCAUGACCCAUCUGGAUAGCAUGGCCGCGGCGAUGUCUUCAUCUCCACCGAUUCACAGCCAGCACGCCGGCGGGGCACAACACCCUCAUCACGCUCAACCACCCCCGGCCAGCCAACACGGGCAGCACGGUCAACCCUCCCCGGUCCAACAUCAGGAGCAGCCCCUGCCUCCCCUUUCCGGUCCGCACGCCCCGCUGGCGGAACAAACUACCCGGGGUAGUGUCAGCGGGGACACCCAGCUUCACAUGGACUCUCACUCCCCUAACGGCCAUCCCGCCGACACGGAUAAAUCCCCGGCCAAGAAGAACGGCGGAGCAGGGAUAAGACGGCACGAGAAGCCUCCGUACUCGUACAUCGCCUUGAUCGUCAUGGCAAUCCAAAGCUCGCCAACCAAACGUUUGACUCUCAGCGAAAUCUACCAGUUUCUCAUGCAGAGAUUCCCCUUCUUUCGCGGCCCGUACCAGGGCUGGAAAAACUCGGUCCGUCACAACCUGUCGCUGAACGAGUGCUUCAUCAAACUGCCCAAGGGUCUGGGCCGACCGGGGAAGGGGCACUACUGGACCAUCGACCCGGCCAGUGAAUUCAUGUUCGAGGAGGGAUCGUUCCGGCGGCGGCCUCGCGGAUUCCGCCGCAAGUGCCAGGCGUUGAGACCUCCCUACGCCAUGAUGAACAACAUGGGCAUGCCCGGUAUGCUGGGCGGAUCGCACCUGGAAAUGUUCCCGCAGAAUUCCCCUGGUGCCUACCCAAAUCAUGCCAACAUACAGUGUGGUAUGAACAACAUGAACUCGGCCAGUAUGGUGGACACUAACAUGAACAUGGGCAUGAUGAUGCCCCAGGUUUCCUCCCAGAUUACCGGUAACUUGACAAGCUCCUGCUCGGUCAACUCUGCCGGGUACAUGGCUAAUUGUACGGCGGACUAUGCCUCGGUGGUAACAACCACAUCGUCCCCUACCCCGGUCAGUAUGUACAUGAACACAGUAGUGGACAAUCUCUCAUCCUAUCCGACCUGGGGACCUGGACCGAAUGGUCGGUACAUCAAGCAGCAGAUGUCAGAUUGUGACGGUGGUGGUUCAUCUCCCGCCCAAGGCAUGCAGCAGCAGCAGCCGCAACAACAGCAGCAGGUCUCUACAGGAGAUCACAGCCAGUACCUGACACCUCACCAUGGCGUACAAGAGUCUAUGGACAUGCAGCACGCCAGUCUCCAAGGAAUGCGGAAUGUGAUUCAAUCGGAUAUGAGCGACUCCUGUGAUCGGAAGGGCUUCUUGAUGUCCGCUCAGAUACAGCAGACGAUGCAGGGCAACUACUACGACAAGUGUGCUAUCUAAAUUACCGGAACGGACGGGUUGGGUCGAUCGACAAGCACCCAACAACAUCAACAGCAUGCAGCAACGACAAGGGAGUUUUUCCCCGGGAGGGUCUCCUCACUGUGCCCCGGUACGUGUCGAGCCAGCACGCGCCGGUGUCACUUGAAUCGUGCCAACGUACGCACGGACUGCCCGCCAACUUGUAACAAAGAUGGAUAAACUCAUGCGGACGGAGGAGAGACAAUGUUUUAAUUUACUAAUUGUCCAGUCGCGUGAAAAUGCAGAAAAUUCAACGUGGUUGAAGAACAUGCACAUUACGUACGUACAGAGAGCUCAGAAUGGCACAUGAGGUUACUGGGAACUUUAAAGACUCUUUCAUAUUUAAAGGAACAUGGUCCAAAAUCAAUGCCUGAUGAGUAACAGGGGGAAGUUUUCUCCAAGAAGAUCUGUCUUGCAUUUAAAAAUAUUCCAGUGACUACAAUAAUUGAGUUCAAUUCCUCGCUGUUUCAUUAGAUUAUAAAUAAGCACGGUUACCAACGGAAACUGGUAUACUGACGGGUGCGAGAGGGUUGAAAUAUAGGAACAAAUUGAUCUCGAACUCUCUAAAAAGCACCAAGAUUCACUGUUCAAUCGAAAACAGCUCCUCACUAUAAGCCUAUGUGGAAAUUAACCUGGCUGUAUGGAACGAACUUUUCGAUUGGUUAUAAUACAAUACUCCGUUUUAGACCAAUAAAUAUCUUUUUGAAAUUUGCAUCGCAUUCCGGGUUUGGAUGACAAACAUUGCAAGCUUACAACGAAAGCACAAUCCAUGAGUGAUCCAGUCAAAUUUUGGGGGCGGUAUUUUUUCUUUCGAUUUUCUAAAAUGAUUGAUCAUCAUUUCUGUUAUGAAAAAUACUGUAAUUAAAAAUAAAUAUUUUAAAGCUUAAAAAGAAGAAAAGAAAUGAUAUUGGAUAUAUAUUUUAAGGGUACCAGUCACCAGGCACGGAAGAUCAAAUGUAAUUGGACGGUGUUGACUGAGGGAGGUUUUAAUCCUGAUUCUGGUAAGCUAAAUAGCCUCUUCCAGUUACAGGGUAGUAAGGAAUCCUAAAAUGUCAAUGACCUUAAUUAAUUAAAUCGGCUUCUAUGCAAAACUGACGAGGAGUAAUCAAAUGAAAAAUGUAACUGGUUCACGGUGUAUAAAUUGCCUGGUAUAAUUAUGUGUGUCAUCAAAACCCAGAAUGCAUUGCGAAUACCAAACAGGUUAAAUCUUUUUUUCUUUGGAACGAAUUCCAUCGUUGUCAUUUUCAUGGGUAAAUAACACCCUCCUUUUUGUGAAUAUUCAAUGUUUUAAUACUUGUUAUAGUUGUUUGAUUAUACAAAAUACCAAAGGUUGUGACUGCUUUUUGCAUUUUGGUUGGCACAGGACGACUAGUAAUCGAGGCAAAUUAUGUAGUUCAAGGCGAAUACGGAUUUUGCCUGGUACUUAGCCGGGCUGGUCAUGGCGGCCAUAUUGGAUGCUCGGAAAAAUCACUGACCAGGAAAACAAAACAGAAGUUUAUAGGUGAUGAUAACACGAAGAACAUUGAGCUCCCAUUUUGGUGUUAACUCACCGGGUACCAAUUCAACUUUUUGUGUGGGAUAGUAGUUAUAGUUAAGGAACCGUUGUAGAUUCGAGGAAAAGGGUCAAUAUUGGUGUGAGGAGGCCACAAACUCUUAUUAUGCAGGUACCGCAAUUCUGCACGAAAGGCCAUCAAGAACCCAGAACAAAACGUUACUGGUACUAGCAAUACGGUCGUUCUUUUAAACGUUUUAUUUUGCAGCUAAAAGCCAAUUGAAUGAAAUUUGAGCUAAAAGCAUUCAGAUAUACGCCGGCUUAUAUAGUGGCAAUGUCCGAGCUGCACAAAUUUGAAAGGCAUGCAUGCCAGAUUAUGAUUUUCCAAAUUAUGAUAAUUUUGGGGGGAUAGGCAAACGUAACAUCAUUAUAUAUAGACAAAAAGCUCAGAUGAAAACAAAUUUAACACAGAAAUAGAACAUUUCUAACAAAUAUUAUUGGUGUUAAUUAUCAACAAUUUUGUACGGCAUCCAGAAAAUUAAACUUAUUCAUUAAUCCAAUAAAAGAAAGGGUUUUAUUUUGAAGGAUAUGAGAGGUGUUAUGCAUAAAGUUACCACAAUAGUUACCACUAGAGAGAUUUGUACUCUGGGGCCUUGAAAAAUUGCCGACACCGCACCACUUUCAAAUUCCGAAGGUUGUAUAAUAUAAAUAAAAACAUGUCGGUGUAUGAAAUAAUAAAUUCAAUUCGUAACAAUUUGAAUAAACUGUCAUUCUUUAUGAAAGACGUUCACGCCAACUGCGUUGAACAGGGAGAUGAAAGGAAUAAUAUUAAUAUUCCCUCAAGGUGGGUUUUUUAACUAGAAAGUCCUAUUUGAUCAGAUAGAUUGACCAAAUUUUCUUUGUUUGUACUUUGUGUGAUUGUGACUUGUAUACAUCGUGGUGAGAUGUUCUGUAUAUAAUGAUGGAAUGGACUCAGCAGCUUAUAUGGUUAAUAUUGUAUUAAUGGUAAUAAUUAUUAUUUGUAUCUCGAUGGAUUUAAUGUGGUUAUAGUGAUGGCGUGAAUACUGUAGAUCCCAAUAAAAAAAUGAAAGUGAUCAUUUUAA